AUGCGACAAGAAAGGAUGUCGAAGCCCCAGUCUGCUAUAUCGAAGUCCACUGAGAACCUGGGUGAUGUGUUACUGCAAGAUCCUGAUACGAAAGUAAUCAUUCUGAUUCCUCAUCCCUCCAAUGACCCGAAUGAUCCACUCAAUUGGUCCAGAGCCUACAAAUUUUACGUUGCGGGGCUGUCGUGUUAUGUGGUGUUUUUGACACUGUUUCUCUCUGGAGGUCCUGCAAUUACUACGGUGAUCUCAGCCGAAGCCUUUUUUGGUCCUAAUCCAAAACUCCUCGAGAAGCAUGUUGCGAAGGCCUCUUACUUGUUUACAACAUCGGCAUUGACUAUUGGAGUGGGUAAUCUCUUCUGGAUGCCACUUGUACUCAAGUACGGAAGGCGGACUAUCUAUAUGGUCGCAUUUACUUGCUACCUUGCCACUGCUAUCUGGUCUGCUGUUGCAAAGUCCUAUACCAAUGAGCUGAUAGCGAGGAUCUUUCUUGGUUUUAGUGCUGGCUUUGCCGACUGUCUAGCUCCACUGACAAUUUCAGACCUCUUCUUCUUACACGAGCGUGGAAGCAUGAUGGUUUGGUAUACGCUCUCCAAUCAGGCUGGUGUAACAUUUGGCCUAGUCAUAUCGGGUCUUGUGACGAUGCAUCAUUCCUGGAGAGUCAUCUACCACAUUGGUAUAGCGCUUGUUGGGUCUUGUUUGCUACUUAUUGUAUUUACCAUGCCGGAAACCUAUUAUGUGAGAAAAAGACCCUCGGACUUUGGGUCUGCGAUACUCAAAUCAGGCGACAAGAACCCGCGGAAAGGGACCCAUGACCACAUUGAGAUGAGUCUUCCAGAUACUGAUGUACCACCUAGGAAGACGUACUCCCAACGACAUCCAAUUUUCAGUCGGUCGUUAACCAAAGAGUCAUACUUGACAUUGUUCAUUCGGCCUGUUGUACUUUUUGUGCUGCCGCCAGUUCUCUGGACAACUUUGGUUUUCUCUGUUGUUCUUGGAUUCUAUGUUGCGUUGACUUCAAAUGCUCCUUUGGCUUUCAAAACAGUCUACGGCUUCCAAACGUAUCAAACUGGCUUGUGCUUUACAUCAUCUAUAAUAGGUGGAUUAAUUGGCAUCGCCUUCGGUGGUAUUCUCAGCGACAAGGUUGCUAACUAUUUCACUGCUCGAAAUGGGGGCAUUCGCGAACCAGAAAUGAGGCUACCUGCACUCAUUAUCACCAUCAUACUCGGACCAUUAUCUUUGAUUUUAUACGGUGUUGGGCUCCAGGAGAAACUUCACUGGAUAGUCCCCACUCUUAGCUUCGGAAUUUGUGAGCACAUCAACUUCGCAAUCCUUUUAUGCUGGCUGACAUUUUUGGGAGUGAAUUUUGUGAUUGUUCAAGCGACAACUGUGACACUUGUCUACGCAAUCGACAGUUACAGGCCAAUAGCUGGCGAGGUCAUAGUCACUCAGAUGGCAUUCAAAGCUGCGUUUGGAUUUUUACUGUUCUUCUAUACGAAUCCUUGGAUUGCCAAAGACGGGUUUUUGACUUCAACGGGAGCUAUGGCUGGCAUUCUUGGAGCGGUAAUACUAGGCGGAAUACCAAUGUAUAUCUGGGGGAAACAGAUUCGACAUUCUACACUUCGCUGGAGAGUGAUGGAUAUUGUUCGCUGGAAUGAAGACCGAGAAACCGGCGAAUAA